AUGGAAGACGCUCUGCUGUCCCUAGACGACAUCUUCGACGGCGGAGUCGAAGCUAGGCUUUGGGGACGUCUGUUCGCCAAAUUCGUCACCCCCGACGUGUUGCCGGCACAGGACUGGGAGACCGCACUUCAACUACUGAUCGCCAGUCUGCAGUUCGAAGCCAAGACACUCUUCCAGGAUGGUCCUGAGCAUAUGCCAUGCGACAUACCUAGCGUAAGAUUGUGGUUAGGUCGGCGAGAGAGGGCAGUCGUGGUGGACCCCGCCAGUCGUUUGGAAGCCCAUUUUGGUGACGAAGUGGCCAGGAUGUGGCAAAUGGCUCGCGCGAUGCCAGCGCACGUUUUGACGGCCAUGCAUGGAGAACGAGGGAUGACCGUUGUCGUCCGGGCACUGCUCCAGUGGCGUGCUGUCGAUCCUGACGCUGCUGACUGGGCCAUAAUCGUCGCUGACGUCGUAUCUGGCCUCGAGGUUCUGAGGGAGAAGCCAGCCGACGCGGACUUCAGCCAGUCACUUGCUUCCCUCCUUCUGCACCGUGAUGCAGCUCGUGCAAACAAGGCGAAGGAUAGUCUCAGCAUGCGCGUUCGUGAUCGGGAGUUACGAGUGCGCGCUGCCUUGGACGCGAAGAAGAAGGUUACUGUCAAACGUGGAAAGAGACUACGGAAGAGGAAAACGCGCAAGGCUUGA